AUCCGCGCCACCCUUCUCCCUGAGUACUCCACCUCAGGGUCUCAAAACAACAUGUCAACCAUGAUGCAGAAGAGCGUCUUCACUGGCAGCCAGGUGGCUCAGAAGGCCAGCGUUCGCGCCAAGGCCACCCGCGCCGUUGUGGACGUUCGCGCUGAGAAGAAGCUCCGCGUCGCUAUCAACGGCUUUGGUCGCAUUGGCCGCAACUUCCUGCGCUGCUGGCACGGCCGCCAGAACACGCUGCUCGAUGUGGUCGCCAUCAACGACAGCGGUGGUGUCAAGCAGGCCAGCCACCUGCUCAAGUACGACUCCACGCUCGGCACCUUCGCUGCCGACGUGAAGGUCGUUGAUGACUCGCACAUCGCGGUCGAUGGCAAGCAGAUCAAGAUUGUGUCCAGCCGCGACCCGCUGCAGCUGCCAUGGAAGGAGAUGGACAUUGACCUGGUCAUUGAGGGCACUGGUGUCUUCAUUGACAAGGUUGGCGCUGGCAAACACAUCCAGGCUGGUGCCAAGAAGGUGCUGAUCACUGCCCCCGCUAAGGACAAGGACAUCCCCACCUUCGUUGUUGGCGUGAACGAGGCCGACUACAAGCAUGAGUACCCCAUCAUCUCCAACGCUUCUUGCACCACCAACUGCCUGGCUCCCUUCGUGAAGGUUCUUCAGGAGAAGUUCGGUAUUGUUAAGGGCACCAUGACCACCACCCACUCCUACACCGGCGACCAGCGCCUGCUGGACGCCUCUCACCGCGACCUGCGCCGCGCCCGCGCCGCCGCGCUCAACAUCGUGCCCACCACCACCGGCGCUGCCAAGGCGGUGUCGCUGGUGCUGCCCGCACUCAAGGGCAAGCUGAACGGCAUUGCGCUGCGUGUGCCCACCCCCACCGUGUCCGUGGUGGAUCUGGUGGUGCAGACCGAGAAGAAGACCUUUGCGGAGGAGGUCAACGCCGCCUUCCGUGAGGCGGCCGCGGGCCCGAUGAAGGGCAUCCUGCACGUGGAGGACUCGCCGCUGGUGUCCAUCGACUUCAAGUGCACCGACCAGUCCACCUCCAUCGACGCCAGCCUCACCAUGGUGAUGGGCGACGACAUGGUCAAGGUGGUUGCCUGGUACGACAACGAGUGGGGCUACAGCCAGCGUGUGGUGGACCUGGCGGAGGUGGCUGCUCAGAAGUGGGUGGCGUAAGGGGGAGGAGGAGGAAGGGAGGUGGGGUGAUGCGGUGUCGCCUCACCUCGCCUCGCCUCUUUUGACAUGACGCUACAUGACUAGCAAUGGUGGUGUGGUAUGGUAUGUACAUUGAGCUGCGCACUCUUGCGCGGCCUCGAAAUGCGGAAUACACGCUGGCGUCGGCCUGUUGUUGCCACUCCUGCCGGGGUUUCUGUAGUACGAUUGUCGGUUGGCAGCCGUACACGGUGUUUUGGCGGUUGGCGAAAACGGUAUGCGCUGCUUUCCCCUCUUCAUGAACGGGGACACAGGGAUCGUGGCGUUUGGGACAUCAGCUCUAUAGCGAUCCGGCUUGUGACCCCAGAAGAUGCGGGUUUUGGCUUACAAAAAGCCCGUAAAGCCUCUCGUCAUGGCUUUCCGGCACACCCAAUUUUGUCUGAGGCUCUGAGGGACAGAAGGGUUUGGUCGGUGCUGCUUGUGACUGCACAGACGGGUUUGUUUCAUGGUAGGAUGCCUCGAAGUGGAGAAGAAAUGGAGUGGUGGCUGCGGUGAGGGACAAUGUACGUAUCGAAUGCCGUACUCAGCGCUACGGCAGUGUACAGGAUGUGGUCGUGUGUGAGCUGCACCAUCAAGUGGAAGAGAACUUAAUUGCGCUCGGCACGCAUAUGUGUUUCAUUUCAGAGUGUGUGUGUUUGAAUCUUGUUUUGAGUGAACCCAGAGUGAUUGCUCAAUUUUGUAACAUUAACACGACGAA